CAAAAAUCCGGGCUAUAAAUACAGAUCCACUGUUUAUAUCUUCGCUCUUCGCAUUUCUGAAGCGGAGCACUCGAAGCUGUCUCAGAGUUUUAUCGAUUUUUUCUCAAUUCACUUGCUAGCGAUACUUCACUUCUGUCACUGAAUUCCGAUCAAUAUACAGACAUUGCGGAACUAUGGGGGAGAUUAGGGAUACCCAGGUAUCAAGUAAUCCAGGUUUCAAAAGGUCAUCGAGAAGGAAAACAGGCUUAAAAAAUUACGACGAGAAUCUGAUGGAUGAGUUGAUAGAGAAACAAUUGGGUGGUUCAUUGAGGAAGAAAAAUAGGACGCAGGAAGAAUUAGAGAAAGAAACUGAGAUAGAAGCCAUGAUAGCAUUGUCAUUGGGGUUUCCAAUUGAUGAAUUACUCGAGGAAGAAAUUAAAGCCGGCGUCGUUAGAGAAAUGGGCGGGAAAGAGCAGAAUGAUUAUAUAGUUGUAAGGAACCAUAUCCUCGCAAGAUGGAGGGAUAAUGUUCAGUCAUGGUUGUCCAAAGGACAGAUAAGGGAAACUGUAAGUAAUGAAUAUGCUCACUUGAUAAAUGCAGCUUACGACUUUCUUUUGAACAACGGAUAUAUAAAUUUCGGGGUUUCUCCGUCCUUUGAGUCUGAAAUUUUUGAGGAAAAUAAUGAUACUUCUGUACUAAUAGUAGGUGCGGGUCUGUCCGGGUUGGCGGCAGCUAGGCAGCUUAGGUCCUUUGGUUUCAAAGUGUUUGUUCUUGAAGGUCGAAAUCGCCCUGGAGGAAGAGUUUAUACUCAAAAGAUGGGCGAGACGGGCAAGUUUGCUGCUGUUGAUCUUGGUGGUAGUGUAAUAACCGGUAUUGAUGCCAACCCUCUAGGAGUUUUAGCUCGACAACUCUCCAUUCCUCUUCACAAGGUUAGAGAUAAAUGUCCUCUGUACAGGGCUGAUGGGAGUCCUGUUGAUGAAGAAAUCGAUUCUCGUGUGGAAACGAUUUUCAACAAGCUGCUCGACAAAGUUACCCAGCUUCGACAACUAAUGGGUGGAUUUGCAGCUAGUAUUUCCUUAGGUUCAGUUCUCGAAACUCUUAGACAGUUAUACGCCGUUGCUAGAAGCCAGGAGGAAAGGCAACUUCUCGACUGGCACUUUGCUAACUUGGAAUUUUCGAAUGCCGGGAGCCUCUCUAACCUUUCGGCUGCUUAUUGGGAUCAGGAUGAUCCUUAUGAGAUGGGUGGAGAUCACUGUUUUCUUGCUGGUGGAAAUUGGAGAUUGAUUAGAGCUUUAUGCCAAGGAAUCCCGAUAUUCUAUGGGAAAACUGUUCAGACGAUUCGGUAUGGAGCUGAAGGCGUUGAGGUCGUCGCCGGAGACCAAGUUUUUCAGGCAGAUAUGGUCCUUUGUACAGUUCCCCUUGGAGUCCUUAAACAGAGAAGUAUACAGUUUGAACCGGAAUUACCCGAAAGGAAGCUAGCAGCGAUAGGCCGGCUCGGUUUUGGCCUGCUCAAUAAGGUCGCCAUGGUGUUCCCGUACAAUUUCUGGGGCGAAGAGUUGGAUACAUUCGGUUCUGUGAGAGAAUCGACUCACCGUAGGGGCGAAUAUUUUCUGUUCUACAGCUACCACACUGUUUCAGGUGCUCCCGUUCUUAUUGCAUUGGUUGCUGGAGAGGCCGCACAGCUUUUCGAAAACACCGAACCGACUGCUUCCGUUCGUCAAGUUUUGGGAAUUCUUCGCGGUAUAUAUGGCUGGAAAGGGAUCGAAGUCCCCGACCCAAUACAAUCGAUAUGCACAAGAUGGGGAGCCGAUCCUCUUUCCUGCGGAUCAUACUCGCAUAUCCAAGUCGGGUCAUCUGGCGUCGACUACGACAUCCUCGCUGAAAAUGUGGGAGGCCGUUUAUUCUUCGGCGGCGAGGCUACGACCCGGCAAUACCCUGCGACCAUGCACGGCGCCUACGUAAGUGGCCUUCGAGAAGCUUCCCGAAUCCUCCAAGCUACACGGGCUCGACGGCAACAAAAUCAUAUUCGAAGGUACCUACAGAAGAAUCCGGCGCCAAGCAUCGACGCACUGCUCACUCGUUUCAAGAAACCUGAUCUCGCAUUCGAAGGAUUUUCCUUCGUGUUUCCCCCGUCGGAAGACCCGAAAUCUUUGGGACUAAUGAUGGUGACUAUUGGAGAGACGGCAUCAUGCGACGGCACCGACGAGCGCGACCAGCCUUCAUCGAACCCGUCGCUGCGACUCUACGCGCAAAUUUCCCGAGAACAGGCGCUGCAGCUGCAGCAGGUCACCGGCGCAGGUUCGAAUAAACUCGGCUUCUUGUCGCGGAAUCUUGGCCUGAAGCUGAUGGGGGCUGACGCCGUCGCCGGUUUAGGUAACUCAUUGAAUACUCAGAUAUCGGGUAGCUCCGGUAGGGGUAGGGGUAGGGGCCGGCCUCGCAAACUCGCCGGGAAAGUUUGAAGUAGUUCCUAUGCUCGCCGGCGAGCGAAUUUUUUGUUGGUAGAAAACAAUGCUACUGCAAAUUUACGCGCACACGGCUGGGACCGGGCUGGGCCGUGUGCGUCGUUUGUUCUCUUUUCGAUUCGUGCCUAAAUUAGUGGUCGAACUAUUCGAACAUACGGUUAGAAAUAGUUGGACCCGUGUGACAUUAGAGAGAAAGAUAUUGUACAACUUGGUCUCAAAUAGUUUUUGUUUUGUUUGCU